GAUGUAGGGUCAUUUAUGUAAGAAUCCUUGUUACAGUUUCCUUCUUGAUAUCAUAAUCAUUUAAGAUAAGUAGCAAAGCAUCUCUACCUAUAACCCACCACUACAACUUCCAAAGUAUAUAUUUUUGCAAGAAUCUACUUUUCUCAAGGUUGUCAUGCAAUUUCUAGAACAUAUGCUCUCCUCAUCCUCCUAUAACAUUCCACCAGCAUCUGAUUCUGAUUAAAAGUUCAAUCUUUACAUGUACACACGCAGGAACAGAAAACCAACAACAGGCCAUGAUGCUUCAGAUUGCAGCAAUGGUGGCCAUUACAGUGCUCCUCCUGACCGGUGCGGUGAUAGACACGGCAGCAGAAAUGCCCGAAGCAAGUUCGUUGUGCGUAAGCAAGUGCGGCACAUGCCCAGUGAUUUGCUCGCCUCCGCCGUCACCACCGAAACCAUCAAGCGGUGCUAUCCUAACCCCGCCGGCAGAGAAGCCGCCUCCGUCACCAACUUCAUCGUUUUCUUCUUCACCGGCCAGCGGGGAGGAUCAAGGCAGCCUCUCGUACCCCUACUAUUAUUUCUAUACAGCGGAUGCGGCCAGGGCUCAGGGCUUGUUUCAUGGCAUAAUGGGGUUGUUUCUUUUGCUAGUGUUGUCAUUCUGGAUGUUGUAAAGUUUCUUCAUUUGAGAUUUGUCAGAACAAAUGAAGGGUUGUGUUGAGAUGUUUUCAUGUCAGAUGUUGCAAAUGGUAUACUGAUAAGAUUUGGUAUGGGAAUCAUAAAUAUUUUGAUACAGAUUUCUAAAAUAUAACCGUUAUAGUGCUCACAAAGCAUAGUUCAUAGGUCAGGCUCCCUCUGGCACAUCUUUUUGCUG